AUGGCGGGGUCAUCUCAGAGCCAGAGCGCAUCCAGAACUUUAUUCUGUCGAUCCUGUCAGCAGGAAGAAAGAGAGCAGAAUGCGGACUUCGACAAUGCGCCUGCGCCGUGGAUGGUUGAGUUGCGCUCGUCCAAGGCGUUCGUUACCUGGGUUGUGGCCAUUGCGGUCUUCACGGACGUGUUCAUAUAUGGCAUGAUUAUACCCAUCCUCCCUGAGGUCCUAAAGACCCGAGCCUCCAUCCCAGAAGAAGAGCUACAAAAAUGGAUGUCCAUCCUCCUGGCAGCCUUCGGGGGCGCCCUCUUCGUCGGAUCUCCAAUAUUCGGCUACUUCGCCGACAGAUCCUCCUCGCGGCAGGCCCCCUUCAUGAUCGGGCUGCUAGCGCUCGCCGGCUCAACCGUGAUGUUCUGGUUCGCGCGCACGAUCAACGCGCUUGUCAUCGCGCGCGCGUUCCAGGGUCUCUCGUGCGCGGUCGUAUGGACUGUGGGUAUGGCGCUUAUCGUUGAUACGAUGGGGAAGGAGCAGGUGGGUGCCGCUAUGGGGAUUGUGUCUAUGGCUAUGACCGUCGGCACGGUUAUGGGGCCGUCUGUGGGGGGUGUUGUCCUGUCCAAGGCCGGAUACCACGCCGUCUUCGGUCUCGCACUCGCCCUGAUCUUCGUGGAUAUCGCGCUGCGCCUUGUGAUGAUCGAGCGGAAGAACGCUACGCGGUGGAUUGAUGAUAGUGCUGCGCAGUCUGACGCGGAAACAGAGAGGCUUAUAGAUUCCUCCGCGAGUACAACGACCAUACCUCCAUACGGCUACGAGGCCGUCGAGUCCGAGUCCGAGUCCAACCAUGACGCCGAAUCCCAGCGCCCAAACGCAAAGUCCACAGCGGAAGGCUCCAUCUUCACCAAGAGCUCCAUGCCCCCGAUGCUCCGCAUGAUCUGCUCGCUUACGCUCCUCGUCGUCCUCGAAGCAACCCUCGUCGAAGCAAUGGCGUGGGCCUCGUUUGACUCUGUCCUCCCCCUCUACGUCCGCCGCACAUUCUCAAUGUCCCCAAUGGGCAUAGGCCUAAGCUUCAUCCCGCUCUUCCUCCCCGCCUUCCUAAGCACCCUGAUCGGAUCCGCCGUCGACAAGCACGGCAGCCGCCCAAUCGCAAUCCUAGGUUUCAUCCUCGACGUGCCAACAUUCUUCCUCCUGUCAUUAGUCACAGAAAACACAACCAAAGACAAAAUCACGCUCUACGCGCUUCUCUUCGCUGCGGGGCUCGGGGCCGCGCUUAAGACCGUUUCGCUGAUGGUUGAGGUUACGCAUGCCGUUGAGGGGAUUGAACGGGCGUGUCCGGGGGUCUUUGGUGAGAAGGGUGGGACGGCGCAGGCGUAUGGCUUGUUUAAUGUUGCUUGGUCGGGGGGGCAGGUGGCGGGGCCGCUUGUUUCCGGGUGGUUGGUUGAUAGGUGGGGGUGGGGGGUUAUGGUGAGUGUUUUUGGGGUUGUUAGUGCGGUUACGGCGGUUGUUUUGGUGGUUACUGCGAAGGGGUGGAGGAGGUAG